AUGUCUGAUAAAGAAGCUCUUCACAUAUUCCUUAACUCUCCUGUUACGCAGGACAUGAUCCACAACUUGGUCAACGUGACCCUCCAAAUUCUUCCUUGCGAGUCUUCCAAAGUCAUCACACAGCAACUCCCUACACCACCAAAUUCCCCACCUGUCUACAAGACCAGGCCACUUCCUUCUUUAAUGACCUUCAUCACCAAGUUGGUCAGAUAUACCAAUGUUUAUACUGGAACUCUCAUGUCAACAAUCGUCUAUAUGAACAGACUGAAGGAGCGUCUCCCGGCCGAUGCUCAUGGAAUGCCAUGCACCAGGCACAGAAUCUUUCUUGCAUGCCUAAUAAUCGCAUCUAAGUACUUCAACGACUCUUCUCCCAAAAACAAGCACUGGAGUAAGUACACCGAUGGCUUGUUCCGCAACGAAGAUGUUAACCUCAUGGAAAAGCAACUUCUAAUGCUUCUCGACUGGGAUCUCAGGAUAGAGACCUCCGAACUUCUAAGGGUCUGGAGAAGAUUCCUAGAGCCAAUCAAGACUGAUCUCAGAAGACAGUCAAGAAUGAUGAACAACAUCGCUCCUGGAACUAUGGCAUACUCCACACAAACAAUCACUGCUCCAAGAUGCACAUUACAGGCCUAUGAGUCUGCGCAGCCAAUCAAUUAUCGAUACCAUCACACUGCAAAUGGUUGCAACAACAACAAAAAACAACAUUCGCUCAACACUUUAUACCCAUAUGCUUCCUAUCAGAAUAUCCACUCGAGAUCCUCCUCUCUCAACAGUAGCAGAAGCUCAAUCUUCGACUACUACGAGGAAAACCACUCUCGGGCUUCUUCUGUUUCGAGUACUACUACUGUUUCGAGCAAUGGUAGCAAUUACUCUUCCUGCGACAAGCAGGCUUAUAUCCCACUGCCCUACUCAGCAAAGCUGGAUAAGCAGCAAAAGGUUUUCUGGGGCUAUAACAACGCGGGUUGUUCUUCCCAGCAGCCUUUUUCAAAUACUCAGAUGUCGUCAUACUUCAAUAACUGUGCUUUAAACGAGCAACAGCAACUUGAAAACGCUAUGAGACAGUACUGUGGUGGCUAUUAA